AUGUCUGCCGAGGAGGAUCUUAUCGACUACUCGGAUGAGGAACUUCAAGCCCCCGAGGCUCCAGCCGCUGGCGCGACCAACGGCGCUGCAAAGAAGGGCGAUCUCACUGUCAGCGGAGGCAAAACAACCGACAAGGGCAAAGGCAGUUAUGUCGGCAUCCACUCUACUGGCUUCAGAGACUUCCUGCUCAAAGGCGAGCUGCUGCGAGCAAUCACCGACUGCGGUUUCGAACAUCCUUCGGAGGUCCAGCAAAAAUGUAUUCCACAGGCUCUACUCAGUGUCGACAUUUUGUGUCAAGCCAAGUCCGGUCUCGGAAAGACGGCCGUCUUCGUCUUGACCACCUUGCACCAACUGGAACCUGUUCCCGGCGAAUGUUCUGUGCUUGUCAUGUGCCAUACACGUGAACUCGCCUAUCAGAUCAAGAAUGAGUAUGCAAGAUUCAGCAAGUACCUUCCAGACGUGAAGACAGCAGUCUUUUACGGCGGCACACCAAUCCAGAAGGAUAUCGAACUGCUCAAGAACAAGGAAUCCUUCCCCAACAUCAUUGUCGGGACCCCCGGUCGUCUCAACGCUCUUGUCCGCGACAAGAUCCUGUCACUGCGUAAUGUCAAGGCGUUUGUUCUCGAUGAGUGCGACAAGAUGCUGGACCAAAUCGACAUGCGUCGCGACGUGCAAGAGAUUUUCCGAGCAACCCCGACAGAGAAGCAAGUCAUGAUGUUCAGCGCGACCCUGCCGCAGGACAUCAGGCCUAUCUGUCGCAAGUUCAUGAGAAACCCUCUCGAGGUGUUUGUCGAUGACGAGACCAAGCUCACUCUCCACGGUCUCCAACAAUACUCCAUCAAGCUCAGCGAGGGCGAAAAGAACCGCAAACUCAACGACUUGCUCGAUAGCCUCGAGUUCAACCAGGUUAUCAUCUUUGUCAAGAGUACUCUCCGCGCCACUGAGCUCGAUAAGCUGCUCCGGGAAUGUAAUUUCCCGAGCAUUGCGGUGCAUUCCGGUGUCAGCCAAGAGGAGCGUAUCAAACGCUACAAAGAGUUCAAGGAGUUCAACAAGCGAAUCUGUGUUGCCACUGACGUCUUUGGUCGAGGUAUCGACAUUGAACGCAUCAACUUGGCCAUCAACUACGACUUGCCCGCCGAUGCUGAUUCUUACCUGCAUCGUGUCGGUCGUGCCGGCCGAUUCGGUACCAAAGGGUUAAGUAUCAGUUUUGUCAGCAGUGAGCAGGACGAGGCUGUGCUCAAGGAGAUCGAGAAGCGGUUCGACGCUCAGGUUCCUCCCUACCCCGAGGGUGGUGUGGAUUCAAGUACCUACAUGGCUUCUUAG